AUGAAGCCGCCCGGCAGCAGCUCCCGGCGGCCGCCCCUGGCGGGCUACAGCCUUCCCCGAGCCUCCGGCGGCCCCCGCGGCGGCCCCGCCGGCCCGGCGCCUGCCCGCGCCCUGGCCCGCGCGCCGCCCUGCCGCCUGCUCCUCGUCCUUCUCCUGCUGCCUCCACUCGCCACCUCGUCCCGGCCCCGUGCCUGGGGGGCUGCUGCACCCAGCGCUCCGCAUUGGAAUGAAACUGCAGAAAAAAAUUUGGAAGUCCUGGCAGACGAAGAUAACACAUCGCAACAGAAUAGCAGCAAUGAUACCAGUUACAGGAAUGCAAUGCAGAAAGAAAUCACACUGCCUUCAAGACUCAUAUAUUACAUCAACCAAGACUCGGAAAGCCCUUAUCAUGUUCUUGACACAAAGACGAGACACCAGCAAAAACAUAACAAGGCUGUCCAUCUGGCCCAGGCAAGCUUCCAGAUUGAAGCCUUUGGCUCCAAAUUCAUUCUUGACCUCACACUGAACAAUGGUUUGCUGUCUUCUGAUUAUGUGGAGAUCCACUAUGAAAAUGGGAAACCACAGUACUCUAAGGGUGGGGAGCACUGUUACUAUCACGGAAGCAUCCGAGGUGUCAAGGACUCCAGAGCAGCUCUCUCAACCUGCAACGGACUUCAUGGUAUGUUUGAAGAUAAUACCUUUGUGUAUAUGAUAGAACCACUGGAGCUGAUUCAUGAUGAAAAAAGCACAGGUCGACCACAUAUAAUCCAGAAAACCUUGGCAGGACAAUAUUCUAAGCAAAUGAAGAAUCUCAGUAUGGAAAGCAGUGACCAGUGGCCCUUUUUAUCCGAAUUGCAGUGGUUGAAAAGGAGAAGAAAGAGAGCAGUGAAUCCAUCUCGUGGUGUGUUUGAAGAAAUGAAAUAUUUGGAACUUAUGAUUGUUAAUGAUCACAAAACGUAUAAGAAGUAUCGCUCUUCUCACGCACACACCAAUAACUUUGCAAAGUCUGUGGUCAACCUUGUGGAUUCUAUUUACAAGGAGCAGCUUAACACCAGGGUUGUCCUGGUGGCUGUAGAGACCUGGACUGAGAAGGAUCAUAUUGAGAUCACCACCAACCCUGUGCAGAUGCUCCAUGAGUUCUCCAAAUACCGGCAGCGCAUUAAACAGCAUGCUGAUGCUGUGCACCUUAUCUCGCGUGUGACAUUCCACUAUAAGAGAAGCAGUCUGAGUUACUUUGGAGGUGUCUGUUCUCGCACAAGGGGCGUUGGCGUGAAUGAGUAUGGUCUUCCAAUGGCAGUGGCACAAGUAUUAUCGCAGAGCCUGGCUCAAAACCUUGGAAUCCAAUGGGAACCUUCUAGCAGAAAGCCAAAAUGUGACUGCACAGAGUCCUGGGGUGGCUGCAUCAUGGAAGAAACAGGGGUGUCCCACUCCCGGAAGUUCUCAAAGUGCAGCAUUUUGGAAUAUAGAGACUUUUUACAGAGAGGGGGAGGAGCCUGUCUUUUCAACAGGCCGACAAAGCUAUUUGAGCCCACAGAAUGUGGAAAUGGAUAUGUGGAGGCUGGAGAAGAAUGUGACUGUGGUUUACAUGUGGAAUGCUAUGGAUUUUGCUGUAAGAAAUGCUCUCUCUCCAAUGGGGCUCACUGCAGCGACGGGCCCUGCUGUAACAAUACCUCAUGUCUUUUUCAGCCACGAGGGUAUGAAUGUCGGGAUGCUGUGAAUGGGUGUGAUAUUACUGAAUAUUGUACUGGAGACUCCGGCCAGUGCCCACCAAAUCUUCAUAAGCAAGACGGAUAUGCAUGCAAUCAGAAUCAGGGCCGCUGCUACAACGGGGAGUGCAAGACCCGAGACAACCAAUGUCAGCACAUCUGGGGGACGAAGGCUUCAGGGUCUGACAAGUUCUGUUACGAAAAGCUGAACACCGAAGGCACAGAGAAGGGAAACUGUGGGAAGGAUGGAGACCGAUGGAUCCAGUGCAGCAAACAUGAUGUGUUCUGUGGAUUUUUACUCUGUACCAAUCUUACUCGAGCUCCACGCAUUGGUCAACUUCAGGGUGAGAUCAUCCCAACUUCCUUCUACCAUCAAGGCCGAGUGAUUGACUGCAGUGGUGCUCAUGUGAUUUUAGAUGAUGAUACAGAUGUGGGCUAUGUAGAAGAUGGAACGCCAUGUGGUCCAUCCAUGAUGUGUUUAGAUCGGAAGUGCCUACUGAUUCAGGCCCUAAAUAUGAGUAGCUGCCCACUUGAUUCCAAGGGUAAAGUCUGUUCAGGCCAUGGGGUGUGUAGUAAUGAAGCCACCUGCAUCUGCGAUUUCACCUGGGCAGGGACAGACUGCAGUAUCCGGGAUCCAGUUAGGAACCUUCACCCCCCCAAGGAUGAAGGACCCAAGGGUCCUAGUGCCACCAAUCUCAUAAUAGGCUCCAUCGCUGGUGCCAUCCUGGUAGCAGCUAUUGUCCUUGGGGGCACAGGAUGGGGAUUUAAAAAUGUCAAGAAGAGGAGGUUCGAUCCCACUCAGCAAGGCCCCAUCUGACGCUGCAGCACCGGGUGAGCGGUGCCUCGCACUGUUGGGUUCUGGGCGUGACAAACUCACAGCACCCUUUCCGGAACUGUUAAGUCUGUAAACAAGAACGCUGGGUGGUAAUGACCACAGAACCGAAGCUGGGGGACAGGGACGGGGGUAAAAAGAAACUGUCCUUUUGGGAAAUAAUUUCAAAGAACCCCUCUCACCGCCGGUCAAUAAAAGGGGAUAAAAGACAAUGUUAUAAAAAAGAACUAUUUCACAGAAUCUUUUUUUUUUCUAACUAAAGGAAGAAGGAACAAUAACAAAAAAAUGAAGUGCAAUAAAAGAACCGUUAAAGAAAUAGCAAAUGAUUUUUUCUUUCCUCAGCCUGCCGGCACUUAAUAUCUUCUAAAUGAGUUGGCAUGAUUUUUUUUCCCUUUCCUACCGAUGACACACUCCGGUGGCAUAAAGAUCUCAUUUCCGAAAGGGUCAAAUCUGCAUGGCAUAUAUACAACAAGCAGCUAGCAAGCCAACCCACAGCCAAACCUGCAACUGAAUUCCUAAGGUGAAGAUGAAAGGCAAACGCGUGGAGGCUGCCUGGCCCUCCAUCCCUAGCCUAGACCAGGCCACGAAGGACUCCGGACCCCUGCUCUUGUUGAUUUACUUCCCCGUUGUCUGUUCUCCUGGACCGAGCAUCCUUUGCCAAUGGGAGCUGGGACUUGAACAAUGAUGCUACUGUAUAGUCCUUUUAUAAGUGUAAAUAUGGAAAUAAGAGAUUUUGACACAUCAUUUUCACUUGUCUGUACUGAAAUAUUUUUCUCGUAAAGGUUCUCUGUAGAUUUGAGUUUAUUGUCUGCUCCCCAUCUUUUGGGUUCUUUUCUCUGUUUUCUCUCUCUCUUCUCUCGUCACAAGACCAACACGUUGUUCAGUGAUUUGGGGGCUUGUUUAACAAAGACAGACAUAGCCACAGAUGAAGGGAGUUUGGGCACAAGACAGGUACAAUUUACAAAUGAAAUGCUUUGAGUGAAAUGAAAUGCUUGAAACUAAACAUAAGCAAAAGGGUGGGGGGACACAAACAACUAAAUAACCCUUAUUAAAAAUACACAAAUUAUGUAAAUGCAAAUAUAUGUACUGACAAGUCUAAAACUUUUUGAUGUCGUUAUAAACGUAUGUACAUAAUGUAAGAAAGUAGACGCCCUCUCAAAUUAAUCACAGAAGUGCCAAGCUCGUGGUUUUUGUUUUUUGUUUUGACAAUUUUCUUUCCCUGUCUUUAAUGUGAAAGAAGGAUAAACUUAAAGCCUUAAAUUAAAUAACAAUUUUUAAGCGUUAAAAACUUGGGGGAAAAAUUAAGCUUUCCAUUUUAUUUGUAUCUAUUACUGUCAGUAUCUCAUUCAUGCUUCAUUUUCCUGCCUCGAAAUAUAUAUGGUAGAACCCCACUGUGAAACUGGGAACGGACACAGAAGCAGCAAUUACCUUCUUGGGAGCACCGCUAUCAUAGGCUUUAAGUCUGUGUGUUGUGUUUUCAGCAAAUCUUGUUGGGCCCAUGGUGUGUUCCUGGUCUGUGGAAUGUUCUGGAUUAUGAUGGGAUUCUACUAUUCACAAGCUCAUGGUGUUCUUUUGCCUCCAGGCAGAUGUGCGGAUGUAAUCUGGGUUCCCAAGUCCCUUCGAGUUUCCUUCAUUUGCACUGACUUCUUCUUCCAUUUAUGAUCGAGACAGCUUCCGUUCAAGUGUUAAGUAUAUACAUCAAUAAAGAAAUUUGGUCCUGACUUUGUUUUGAAUAUAAAAACUUGUACGUGAUUCCUUCAGUCAGCAUCCUUCUAGAGACGAGCUUUCCUGACGGCCCCCAAAGAGCCCGCUCUUCCCUAACGUCCCCUUUUCAGGAACAGGACACGCAGUUGUACUGUUUGCUUCAUGACAACCCAGUGACUUGCUAGAUUUAGCUUUAAGUCGCUUUUCAGCAAGAUUCAUGACACCAGUCUCACAACUUUUGCUUUGACUUUGGAGAGGCUUUAGGACUCUUGUCCUAAAAAUCUACUGCUUGAAACAGUGGGGUUUUUUUUUUCCCAGAUACAUUUAAUUUUGGAAGUCUCACAAUCAUAGAGCAGAAACCUUAAUUUCUGUAUGCUACAGUAGAUCACAGCCUAACAUCUUAAUCCUGUUACUGCUUUCUGAGUACUAGGUGCUACCCGGGCCUGCGGUCUUUCUCUAGAACUAGCUAUCUGUUUAUAUUGUAAUAACAGGGCUAUCUACAAGAUUUAUCAGCCUUAUCUCGGCUUCGUAAGACACAGGCUGUAUCCCUCCACCUAGUGGCGAUGGCUCUUUCAGCCCAGAGGAAACUCAGAUUACUUGGCAUCUCUUCCUGUCGCUGCAUUGUUUCUGUCUGUCUGUCGCUGGAUCCCACCCACUAGUGGAUUCCAAGCUGCUACCAAGCACACCAUGCACAUUUCACUGCUCUUCCAGAGGCGCCAUGGUGACUUAACGGAAACAAAACCAUGGUGGUUACAAAACAGGUUGAAUCUCUACUAUUAACUUUUGAGCAUUUCACAAACAACAUUGUAAGUGUGCGAUGUUAUGUUUUAAAUCAGACCACAGUGGUCCCCAAAUAUUAUGUACAUAAUGGCAAAUGUCAGUGUAACUUUUUGUCACACUGGCAGUUUCAUAGGUAACCAAACCUAUGUUCCAAUGUUAAAUUAUCUGUGUGUAUAUGUAAAAUACACAAGCUUUAAGCCAUGUGUGUAUGAAUAUGAAAGAGAACGCAACCAUCCCAAUCGUAAACAAUGGAUGAUAAUCGUUUCUGGUGGCAUUCGGUUAUGUCGUUUCAGACUCUUUGUUGUCUUUUCUCUUGCACAUGCCAUUCGUUUGCUGAUUUUGUGUGUGUGUGUGGUGAGAAUAGUCCUUUCUUAUUAAUUUGAGCUCAAAGCACAAGCGUUAUCACCGUCGUAAUGUUACCCAACAAGAGUUAGUGUUAAGUGAUGGCAAGUUCCCAUUCCACCUGCUAUUCUUUGCUGCAUUAACCAACGACACCUGGAUGAGGAGGUGUGCGCUAACUUCAUUGCUCACUGGGAUACUGCAUGAGCCCACUGAAUUAGUGCUACUCCUAUUAGAUAAAUGAGCAGUACCCAUAGGUGCAUGUUAUGAAACACGAAUCACGUGGAGCUGUGGAGUUUUACCAAGUGGUAUGCGUGUUUUUUUGUUUCCGUUUUUGUUUUCACUAUGCAAAGAUGGGAAAUGCACAAACUUUUCAAAGACUAUAGUGUCUGAAGAACUUUACAAACAAUACUUGAACCUUUCUUUAAAGUCAUCCCAUCAGAUUUUAGAGUCAUUGUUGC